AGUCUCGAGCUUGUCCAUCACACCGGGAACAUCCGGGAACAUGGCCAGCCUUCUACAGGAGGAGAAGCAGCUCUUUGACAAGUUCUGGAGCGGAACGUUUAAAGCCGUGGCCACGCCCAGACCUGAGAGCGUCAUCAUCGCGAGCAUCACCGCGCGCAGACAAGCCAACAGGUUGGAGACGUCAUUAUGUGUGCCGGUGAAACCCAACGAGACCAAAUCAGAGAGAGAAGAGCUGGAAGUGAAGGAGACGGAGAAGAGAAAGAGGCACAGGAAACACAGAGGGCGUAAACGUCACAGCCGCCGUCGCUGCCACAGCGUGUCACUGGAUGCAGACUUUUCCCCUCGGCCAGCAGCCAAAGCGAAAAAGAAGAAGAAAAAAUCGGUGAGGAAGAGGAGAAGAGAAAGGUGUCACUCCUCCAGUCUGUCACCACUCCGCAAGAAAAAGAAGAAGAAGAAGAGCUCGAAGAAGAGGAAGCAACACAGGGCUGUCUCCAAGAAGAGAAGACACAGCUCCUUCAGCACCAGACGCAGACGGAAGGAAGACAGAAAACAUAAAAAGAGGUGCCAUAGUGACUCUCAUCACAGGCGCCGAUCACGGAGAGCAAACAGUUCUGACUGGAGAUCCUCUAGCACUGAGAGCAGAUGUGAAGACAGCAGUAAAUCAGGCCUUCAGCGCAGCAGCCGUGCUUCAGGAGAGCGUGGAGGGUUUGAAUGGUGUUCAGCGGUGAAACUCGCCACUAAAAUCCCCUCCAAGUGCACAGUCGUUCACUCGCGUCCUGGGCUGGAAUCCUCCAUCGUCCAGGACUCGCCAUGUAUUCAGGGUAAAGGACGUACCGAUUACGAUUCGGGAAAUGACACGUCCUCUCCGCCGCUGUCUAAAACCGGUGUCUCGAGGACGCAGGACACGGCAGACAGACAGGAGAAACUGAAAUUUCUGGACAAUUCGUCCGAUUCAGGAAACUCUCUGAGUAGCUACGAGUCUCUGAGUAAAGCCGAACACAGAGAGAGUCACGUUACCACGUCGGCUUUCAACAAGCUCAAAAGCGAAGAGUCCAGCAGCUGUUUCGGAUUUAUGAGCCAUCAUUCUCCGUCUGCUGAGAAAUCUCAGUUUCGCUCGGAAACUCGGUCUCGCAGCAGGAGUCGAUCGUCACGAAGUUCUCGCCACUGGGGACGUCACAUAUCCAGGAGCAGGUCUCCGUCCUCCAGCCGCAGGUCAUAUUCCCGUUCAUCCAGUUACUCCUGUGACUCGAGGAGAGCGAGUGUGUGUAGCGUGAGCAGCCGACGGAGCGGGAAACGCUCACGAAACACACCGGACCGGAUCCGAGGGAGAAGGAGAAGCUCCAGCUCGUGUGAGAAGCCGUCAAAGCGAAGCAGGAAGCGCAGCAGGAGGAGAAUCUGUUCCCCCAUGAGGAAAAGAAGGAGAGACUCGCCCAGUCAUCUCGAGGCUCGUAGAAUCACUAGUGCGAGGAAGAGACCGAUUCCCUACUACCGCCCAAGUCCUUCCUCUUCCUCGAGCCGCUCCAGCAGUCUGUCCUCCUGGAGUCUGUUCUCUCUCACCAGGAGCCCGAGCCUCAGCCGCGGCAGGAGUCGCAGCCGCUCUUCGUACCGCAGUUACACUCGAAGCACCUCACUCAGCUCCAUCUACAGCAGCAGGAGCUAUGACUCUCUAGUCAGCUACAACCGUGCUCGCCGCUAACUUACAGACAAGAACACGGAUCUGGACCUUUCAAAAAUAUCCAUGAGCUAGCGAGCUAACAGAAGAAAAAAAAAACCAAGCAAAAAUCCAAAUCACUGACACACAUGUUAGCUCCUAUUAGCAAAUUACUGUACAGCUAGCUAGCAAGCAGGAGCCAGGUGUAGCCACGUUAAUCACAACGUUAUUUCAAACGUUUACAACAAAGUAAAUUCCCGCUAAAAUUACAGCUUGCUAAGAGCACAAUGUUGAGAUUAUAAGAAAGAUGAUCAAAUUUUUAGAACAAAGUGUUAGUUCUGAUUAAAACUCAUCUAACAAGGAAGGGCUAAGGUAGUCUCCAAUCAGAGGCAGGGCUAGGGCUGUUAGCAAGCUAACCAGAGCGCACAUUAGUCAGAAAAUUAGAAAAGGUGUAAUGGAAUGAAACUGUAAAUGGAUACGGGAUGCCACAUGCUGAAAAAUCACCUCAGAAAGCACUGGAACAUUUCUGUAUUUGUUAACGAAGACUCUUGACUGGUAUAACAGGCUAAACGGGUUGAAUGCUACGCGCCAUGUGUGGGACCAAACACCGUUUCUUUGUUGUUUAGCCACGCUAACGCAGUUUAAACCGACAUGCGCUGCAUUGUCACUUCAGCUUAGUAACCUCGAGUUAAGUAUAAUUUCAUGCCUAAAAUGUGAAUCCCUUUCAUCCGCCUAUCACCUGCCCAUCACUACUUCUUCUUUUUUUUUAUUUUUAAGAACCGUGUCAAGUCAGAGUCGCUCGAGAACAGAGAUAUAUGACCGCCGUUACAGAUUUUACUGCACGCGGGGAUUUUUUGACACCUGCAUCACAUUUUCAACCCUUUGAAAAAUUGUGCCAUGCUGCCGUACACACGCUCCAUCGGCUCAAAUACCAGCCGUAUUUAUCUUCCACCCGAGUGCAAAACAAUUCAAACGGCGACGGCCGUUACAGCGACAGACGGAUGACAGACUAUCUGAACAAGACAGAAGCCCGUCUGUCUGCGCUAAAGUGCUUAUGCUAGUUUUAGAGAAAAGAAAUGUAUUUGUACAUCUGCAGUCUUAGAUAUCUGAAUACAGUAUCAUUUAUCACACAGUGUGGAAUUGCCAUAGAUGUACAUACACUUAGUCUGUAAACAUUCUUCUUAAACAAACAUUAACUAGCUUCGUUAACUCGCUAAACGGUCUGAUAUUUAGACAGUAGGUUCUUUAGUUUAUAAAACUCUGCUAAUCUAGUUCAUAUGAUCUGAUGAGAUUAGUUUUGCAGUUAAUUAUUUUAACUUAGCUUAAGCUCAACUUAACUAGCAGAAAUUAUGACCCGACUAGGUAGCUGUAGCAAAACAAGGCUAAAGUGAAAACUAAAAAUGACCACGCAGAAAAUCAUUAAAAGACAUUUAAGCUAAAAUUACAGUUAGCUAAGCGUAAAGCUGAGACGAUAAGAGUGGCUAAUGUAAGCUCAAUGUUAAGACUAUAAGAAAUAUCAAAACGAAACAAAUUGUUAGUUAUGAAUAAAACACGGCUAACAAUGAAGUAGAGCAGGAGAUUUGUUUUACUAGAAAAUUUUUAAUAGGAUUAAACUGUGAACAGAUACAGGAUGCCAUGUGCUGAAAAAAAUUACCUCAGAAAACACUAAGCCUGGGACAUUUCUGUAUUAAAAAAUCUUGACGGCUAAUUUUUAUUAGCUUCUAACGACUAAUUAGCUAGAACAAACGUGUUUAGCUAAGUGUAGUUUAACGACUAGACUAAGACUAGAGCUCCAGCUACGAUCUAAGACUAAGACUAGAGCUUAAGCUCCUGAACUCCAGCUACGAUCCGGUCGCUAGCUAAAACCGAGAUUAGCACAAAAUUUACAACCCCAAUCUGUGGUUUAAGAAACUGUAAAAUAGAAAUAUUCAUCUAAAAUCUCAAGCUUGAAUAUGUGCAUCUGUAGCAAUUUGUCUCACAUUAAUCAACGCACUUCAUUACAAAGAGAAACGCACUGGAGUAUUUUAGUAAAAUAAU